AUGCGCCGUGUAGCCAAACACGCAAAUGCCGCCAUAUCGACAAUGCGGUGGCUCUGGACCCUUCACGAUGUGGCCGCCUGUCCCUCCAUCGACGUGUUACGCCUCCACAUGUGCCAACGAGCCCAGCAGGAGACGGAGUGGGACCUGGACUUCGCCCUUCUGUCAUCAUUGAAUAAAAGUCACGCACCCAACGAAGUGUUGCGUUGCUGCUGCGCAGCCAUGUCGUCAGCAGCACAUUCAGUCGAGCGCAUUGCUGUGGCGGUCACAUCUGCGGCCGUUGGAGGGGCGUUGGCCCGCGUGCUCUGCAGUGCACAAGUGGAGUCCCUACGCACCCUUCAUCUGACGCUGCACGAGGCGGCGUUCCUGCGGGAUGACUUGUCCCUCGCCACAUUGCUUCGAAGUACUGCCCAUUUCACAUCUAACCUGAACUCUCUAUGCAUCACGAUGGUGGCAUGUGAUAUGCAGCACGGACUGCAGUGGAACCAAAAGUCUCUCCGGGCCCUUGCCGCCAACAUCCCUUCUUUGGCACUUCGAGUAUUGUCUUUAGAGUACAUCAAUUUAAAAGGAGCGAACGAAAAUGAUCUGAUGGUGCUCUGCGAAGCUAUAGCCCAUUGUCAUUUACUAACACACCUCUCACUGCGUGGUACACGCGGUCUUCUCCCGCGUGUGCCUCUUCUGCGUUUCGCAGUGGCGCAGAUGCGGAAACUGGAGGUUCUGGACCUCAGCUCCACUCUACUUGGUGAUGUGGUGAUGGAACAGCUUGUGGAUACCCUCCGCAUGUCCAUUGGUGGGUGGUAUCGCUUGCGACAAUUGAAUCUUUUGGAAACGAAUGUUUCGGUGUGGGGUUUACGGCGGUUGCUCCGCGAUGUCGGCGAAAUGUCCCAUGGUGAGACGGCAAAGAUCGAGUUAUUGAAUUUCAGCAGCAACAGUAUGGACGAUGAGGGCGCGUUUGUCUUGGCGAGUGUCUGCAUGCAUUGUGGGAUGCUCCGUGAGCUCCACCUGCGGCACAAUCGACUUACAAAGAAGGGUGCGGCAGAUAUCGGCUCGGCGCUCAUCGCGGCAGCCUCCCUGCGGUGCCUCAAUCUUCACUCGAACCCGCUUUCGGAUGAGGGACUUUUUGCCCUCCUGCAGUACGCCAAGUACUGGCCAGAGCUGCGUUCGCUCGAUUUCACUCGUUGUCGACUGACGGCACGAUGUCUUCCCGCACUUUGUGCCGCGUUGCCUCUCUUCGAUAGGCUGGAGGAGAUCAGCCUCGAUCGGAAUGAUUUACGGGUGGUCGAUGCCGGAGAUGCGUCAACUACUGAAGAUAAAAGGGAAACACCGGAGGGGGAUUUGCAGCUCUUUGCGUACGAUCCUAAAUUCAUGCAAGGCGGUAGUCAUGGCGAUUGGAAGGUAUCCACAUCGUUUGAGCUCGACCGCCGUGACGCAAUUGAAGGCCGCCGCAGGUUUAAAGGAACCGAGUCGUUCCAAACACCUCUUUCUUCACGUGAAUCGAUUGGGGGCGUGGUGUCAUUUGAGCAGCUAGGCUUGGCGCUGUCGGGUUGUCGUGAACUGGGCCGUCUCUCGCUUUCCAGCUGCUCUUUGACAGAUGAUUGUUUCUUGGCGAUGGCUGGGGCGCUUGUGGUCCGCCGCCUGACGCACCUUGACCUGAGCGCCAACCCCCUCUUUACUCGAAUGGAAAGCCUGGAGGCGCUUGCGAAAUUACUUCGUCGUGCAUCCGCGUCGAUGCAGAAACUUGAUCUCUCAUGCACGGGGUUGGGAAGCGUCGGUGCGUCGCUGCUCGUGGAUGGUUCCCCAACGGAUGACACUAAUGGGGAUGCAGACGAGGCAGUCUCAGCCCUACGCUCGUUAACGGCGUUGACAGAGCUAAGAUUUUCCAGCUGCCGUAUCGGCGCGGAGGGGUUUGAGGCAAUUGCGGAUGCCUUUCCCGCUAUGACUCUCCUGGAACGAGUGUUUCUGGAUGGCAACGCCGUCAAAAAGUUGGAUGCCAUCCUCUAUUUGCUCAGUGCAUUGGAGGCGCUGCCCUCGCUGCGUUUUGUUGGGCUGUACGGCUCCGUCCCACCCCACCUUGCGGCCACCGUUGGGGCUUCACGUGAGUACGCCGCCCUGCAGAGCAAAGGGGUCGUGGUUCACUUGUAG